UACAUAUAUACAGCAAAAUCAUUUAAGACUAAGGAAAACAUGAAAGUUGUUUACUUCGUUGUUGCCAUCUUGGCUGUGACAUCCUCCGUUGUCUCUGCCUAUGACCCAAGUCCUCUACAAGAUUUUUGCGUGGCAGUCAAGGAAAUUGAUGGUGUGUUUGUGAAUGGAAAGUUCUGCAAAGAUCCUAAACUUGUGAAAGCUGAGGAUUUCUUCGAACACGUGGAUCCUGCGAACACUAACAAUCCACUUGGUUCACAAGUGACUCCUGUAUUUGUUGAUCAACUACCAGGGCUAAACACACUUGGCAUAGCUUUGGCUCGCAUAGAUUUUGCACCAAAGGGUUUAAACCCUCCUCACACUCACCCUCGUGCCACAGAAAUUCUUAUAGUCCUUGAGGGAACUCUCUACGUUGGAUUUGUGUCAUCCAAUCAAGAUGGAAAUCGUCUCUUUACUAAAGUGCUAAACAAGGGUGAUGUGUUUGUGUUCCCAAUUGGUCUCAUUCAUUUCCAAUUGAAUGUGGGGUAUGGAAAUGCAGUUGCCAUUGCUGGUCUCAGCAGCCAAAAUCCAGGAACUAUCAUUAUUGCAAAUGCUUUGCUUAAAGCUACUCCACCUAUUUCUGGAGAGGUUCUAACCAAAGCUUUCCAGAUUGACCAAAAUACACUUGAUUAUCUUCUAAAACAAUCUUGGUAUGACAACAACUAAGUGUGGAGUGUGGAUCGGAUGGUCAAUUUUCUCUGAUUGGAUAAAUGUCUCUUAAUAAUCUUAAACAAUUGUCCAUCUCUGAAUAAUUAUCACUAUAAUAAAUAUUAUACGUGUGUUAUAUUAAUAUACUUUGUGUUUGUUCAAUAUAUUUAUUGUCCAUCUCCAAAUAAUUAUCACUUUAAUAAAUA